AUCCAUUAUAGAACUCGAACCUUGAAUUGAUGAUGGGCUUUGUCUAGUCCAUAGGCCUAGCCUAUAUAUUUUUGAACCCGGUGCAGCUAGGGUUUUUAUGCUUCAUCAUCUCUAAAUCUAAGUCUCUUUCCGCAGCUCCUCUCUACUCAUCGCGCAGGUAGGUAGGUAAGUGAGUCAAAAUGGUAGAGAAGACAAAAGGAAGAAAAGAGGAGGUGGUCACCAGAGAGUACACCAUUAACCUCCACAAGCGCUUACAUGGCUGCACCUUCAAGAAGAAGGCUCCCAAGGCCAUAAAGGAGAUCAGGAAGUUUGCUCAGAAAGCUAUGGGAACAAAGGAUGUGAGAGUGGAUGUUAAGCUUAAUAAGCAAAUAUGGAGCAGGGGUAUCCGCAGUGUCCCUAGGAGGAUCAGGGUUCGUAUUGCUCGCAGGAGGAAUGACGAUGAAGAAGCAAAGGAAGAGCUUUACUCUCUUGUUACUGUUGCUGAAAUCCCACCAGAAGGAUUGAAAGGCAUGGGUACCAAGAUCAUUGAAGAUGAAGACUAAAAUCCAAUUUGUGUUUUUGAUGGCUCCAAUCAUAGGCUAGAUUAAAAUUGAAGCUUUUGCAAAUGUUGAGUUCUUGCAGACACUUCACUUUUAUUAUUUAGAUGGCUUAUCUUGCUGUUGUUAAGAUUUUUGGGCGUUUACCAUUUUGGUUUAUCAAUCCUAAACUUAUCCGUUUGUGACA